AUGUGUAAAGGGAGUUGCUUAAAGGGUAGUGCAGCUUCGUUGUUAGAUUACCUUAAAGUCAACAAUGACAAUUAUGACCAGGCAUGGUCAAUUUUGGUAACGCUUUACAACCAUAAGCGGAUCUUAGUCACCACACAGCUAAAAACUUUUUUCGAUCAGCCAACAAUCAGUGUUGAAACAGCAGAUUCCAUUAAGGGCCUGUUAGACAAGUCAACAGAGGUGCUUCAUGCUUUGAAGAAUUUAGGUGUUCCUGUAGAUGGUUGGGAUAUGGUAGUGGUCUUCACUCUCCUGCAAAAAUUACCAACAAAAACUCAACAAAUGUGGAAAGAAAAGUCAGGUUUGAGUACAGAACUACCUAUCUUUAAAGAUUUUUCAAUUUUUUUGGAAACUAGGUUUCGUUCUUUAGAGGUCGUUUGUCAGCAAAAUUCCAAACCCAAAUCGAACAUGAAUCUUAGAAAGGAACAGUCGAAACUGAAACCAAAGGUGUUGCACAUGAAGUCGGUGAGAAAGGAGAAGUAUAGCUGCGCAAUUUGUCACAAGGGUCAGCAUUCACUUCGUUCAUGCCACUCAUUUUUGAAGCUGGAUAUACCUGCAAGGUUGAAACAUGUAAAACAAAUCGGCGUUUGCGAAAAUUGUUUAGCUUACAAUCACAAAACUUUUCAAUGUCCAAGUGAAAAACGGUGUUUUUAUUGCCACCUGAAACAUCACACGCUGUUGCACAAUAUUCAGCGUGAUCAAAAUUCUAGUUCCAGCCAAGGUUCUCAGAAUUCACAAGCCAAUCAAGCGAGUUGUUCUAACUUGAAUUCAUCUGAAAAUAAUAAUUCAAAUUCACAAUUUGGUACUUCAAAUAAUUACCAAAAUACAAACCCGAUCAAUCCAAAUGCAAAACCAUUCAAUCCGAGUGGUGGACAAGCAACCACUUCUCAAAACUAUCACGUCUCAAAUCCUUCGAACACUGUCGUGUUACUUGCUACAGCAGUCAUCCAAAUACAAGCAGCCAACGGAGAAUUCAUCAGUUUGAGAGCGCUGCUAGAUCCUGGUUCAGAAUCAACAUUCAUCACUGAACGAGCUGUCCAACAACUUGGUUUGAAAAAAUGUCGCACCUUAAUGGAAUUCUCUGGAUUGGGAAAUAACAAAAAUGGUUCGUGUCACAACUUUGUCGAUAUGAAAAUCAAAUCUAUACAUACCUCUUUUGAAACGGAUGCUAGGGCGUUUGUUCUCAAAACUAUAACUGGUUUACUUCCCAACAGAGAAGUGCUUCCUAAUCAAUGGAGUCACAUUCAGGGUUUGUGUUUAGCUGAUCCUUCUUUCUUUAAGCCGUCUAGUGUUGAUUUGCUCCUAGGUAGUGGUGUCUUUGCUGAGGUCGUUUUGCCAGAAAUUGUUAGGGGUAAUGAGCCUGUGGCACCAAUUGCUCAGAAUACUCAACUCGGGUGGAUUGUUUUUGGCAAUGCGCCAAUUCAAACAUGCCGUGUCCACCUACAGCUUGUUGACAUUGAUACUCAGUUUCGAAAAUUUUGGGAAAUCGAAGAAGCACCGUUUGCAAAUCCAGAAACUGCUGAAAACAUCGCUUGUGAGGAGCACUUCAAAACCCACACCAGACGUUUGCCAGAUGGAAGAUUCGAAGUUUCACUACCAUUCAAAGAAGGUGUUCGAACAGCACUAGGAGCAAGUCAACAGGGAGCACUGCGAAGAUUUCUCCAGCUUGAAAGAAGAUUCGAUAACAAUCCUCAACUACAGAAGGAGUACUCAGCGUGCAUGUCGGAGUAUAUUCAGCUCGAUCAGAUGGAAAAAGUAGAUGUCAGCCAAGGUGAAAUUCUCCAAUCUCCAUUCCACUAUGUUGUGCUGCAUCAUGCCGUGUUCAAGGAAUCCAGUACAACCACGAAGCUGAGGGUAGUUUUCGAUGCUGCUUUCAAAACUACAAAUGGAACUUCUUUAAAUGAACAUCUGUUGGUUGGCCCUAAAACACAAUCAAAUCUAAUGGACAUCAUACUAAAAUGGAGGAAAUUCAAGAUUACCUUGACGGCUGACAUCGAAAAAAUGUACCGGCAGAUCCAGAUGAGAAAACCAGAUAACUUUUAUCAGCUGAUUUACUGGCGAGACAACAAGAUGAGUCCUCUGCAGUUGUAUCGAUUAAAAACCGUCACUUUUGAAACAGCAUCCGCUCCUUAUUUGGCUACUCGCACGUUAAACAAACUUGCUGAUGACGAAAAGGACAAAUAUCCAUCCGAUACCAAGAUGGAAUACCAAGAUGGAUUUGUACUGAAAAAGAAAACUUGGAGUUAG